AUGGAGUCAUCAGUAAAACCCAAUCCUUUCCUCUCCUUUUCCUCCUUCCUUCACCACCACUGUAAUCGAUUCGCCUCCGACCUCUCCGCCCGAAUCGAGGACACCAAACGAUUCGCCGAAACCCUAACUACUCGACGUUUCUCUCCUCCACCUCCCUUCGCCUCCGUCUCCCAGUCCAAGUCUGGCGCCCCGACGACGUUGAAUCCAUCUCAUGUCGCCAAAGCUCUCGCUGGCACGUCGGUUUUCACGGUCAGCAACACCAAUAACGAGUUUGUUCUUAUCUCGGAUCCUACCGGCGACAAGUCUAUCGGUUUGCUCUGUUUCCGCCAAGAGGAUGCUGAAGCCUUUCUUGCUCAGGCUCGCCUUCGUAGAAGAGAAUUGAAAACCAAUGCUAAGGUUGUUCCCAUUAAUCUAGACCAGGUGUACUUGUUGAAAGUUGAGGGGAUUUCAUUUCGCUUCUUGCCAGAUCCAAUCCAAAUAAAGAAUGCACUGGAGCUCAAAUCUUCAGCUAGUAAGAAUGGGUUUGAUGGAGUUCCUGUGUUCCAGUCUGAGCUUCUCGUUGUGAGGAAAAGAAAUAAACGUUACUGCCCUGUUUAUUUCAGUAAGGAAGAUAUAGAGAGGGAGCUUUCGAAGUAUACAAGAGCAUCAAGAGGAGAACAACAAAUAAUGGUUGGGAGUUUGGAAGAUGUCUUGAGGAAAAUGGAGAGUAGCGAGAAGAACUCGGGAUGGGAGGAUGUAAUAUUCAUUCCACCGGGAAGAAGUUAUGCACAACACAUGCAGGAUGUGAUCAAAGAGUAA